GGACUUCAUGUCUUCUUGAUUGAUACUACUGCUUAUUCAUCUUUGGUAAUCAGAUCCGGCGCAGAUGUUGAUAAACAUCCAUUGAUGACCUCGACUCAGGAUUGCUACCAUCGCUCUGAAUUUGGGAGGUGUAUUGCUUAGAGAUGUGUUAUUUCAGCUUCAGGGGCAUAAGAAUGUGUACAUCGUGAUCCCUAGGCCCCCAAUGGAGUCGGGAUGAUAUUGAGUUUUGUUGUUGCGGUUGAUAUAUGCCGUAAUCUACUCAUUCAACUUUUCAAGGGGUGCACCAAUCUUGAGUCUUAUCUUUUUUCUUAGAAUAUAUAAAUCACCAAGCAAUAACGAUUAACGACAAUGGAGGACGAGACCAACACCGGUUCCUCCUCCUCCUCAACAAAGGACGAUGCAUUGACGGUGGGCGAAUGUCAAAAGAUGAUUCAAAGGAGCCUCCAAACACCAAAGGUGAAGUUCCUAAUGGAUCACUUGAAGAAAGCUGGGUGUGAGAUCAGUGGCAGUUUCAUUAAGGCCGAACGCUGUGAUGAUAUGGUCAGUGGGGGUUAUCUCCAAGGCAAAGGGAUAGUCGUGUGCAGCAACGAACUGAGGCUACAAGACGAGGUAAACCAAGUUGUCCUACACGAGCUUAUUCACGCGUAUGACGAUUGUCUCUCUUCAAAUUUGAACUGGGCCGACUGUGCCCAUCAUGCCUGUAGUGAGAUCAGAGCUAACCAUCUGAGCGGCGACUGUAAUUUCAAGCGAGAGUUGCUGCGGGGCCACUUUAGGAUUCGUGGUCACGAGCAAGAAUGUGUUCGGCGAAGAUCAAUGAAAUCUUUGAAAUCCAACCCGUACUGUUCCGAAAGGGCUGGUAAGGACGCCAUGCUUGCGGUCUGGGAUUUGUGUUACAAUGACACAAGACCCUUUGAGAGUGCUCCAUAAGGACUGUAUUGAGAGAGAGAGAGAAAGUAUUUCUUUUACUUUCAACUCUGAGAAAUGAACGAUUUUACGUUAAUCAUUUUCUGCACCAUUUUUUGGACUGCCAGCUAAGUUAAAUUCGUGGCAUUUUAAAUGUUGAUUGUGCAAUUAUUAAAUAUGAGUUGGAAACUAUUAAAAAAAAGAAAAUAUUGGAAAUGCAUUGAGAAAAACAUCCUGUGUUUUUAAUUGGAAUGCAAUAAAAUAGAAAUGUGUUU